GUGUUUGCGGAAGCGGCUGUGCGUGCGUGUUUUGCGGGAGGAGUGCAAUGGCUCAGGCUUCUCAAUCCAACAGGAUUCCGCCGGAGGAUCGGCCGAGGCCGCGGAAUGUCUCCCGGGAGGAAGCUCUGAAGCUAGAAGGCUACAGACACGCCUGCCAUGUCAUGCUGUAUGCGCCGACAACCGCCAAACUCUUCGACCGUGUCCCCAUCAGAUACAUUGUGCUGAUGAUGAUGAGGUUUGAUGGUCGUCUUGGUUUUCCGGGAGGAUUUAUAGAUCCAAGAGAUUCUUCUCUGGAAGAGGGCCUGAAUCGGGAACUGCUAGAAGAACUGGGGGAAUGUUUUACCACGCUGAAAGUAACGGAGGAUAAUUAUAGGAGUUCACAGGUCCGAGAGAUUCCACAGAAGGCCGUCACGCAUUUCUUUGCCAAAGAACUGAAUUUAGAAGAGGUGGAAAUAAUUGAAAAAGAGGCUGUCCGUGCAAAAGACCAUGGAUUAGAGGUUAUGGGAAUAGUCCGUGUUCCCCUUUAUACGUUACGUGAUGGUUUCGGAGGUCUUCCGGCCUUCCUAUCAAACAACUUCAUUGGUAACUCCAAAAGCCAACUCCUAUAUGGGCUGCGUUCCCUCCGCCUGCUUCGCGAGGACCAGAUCCAAGAUGCAAUAUGGUCUAGUCAGAAUAUUCAGUUUUGAUUCUCUGUAGUUUUGGAAGAUAGAGAUGAGAUGUUCCCAUUUC